UGAAACUUUGCAUGACCGUUUGUGUUCAACUCGAUGCGCAUAUGGCAGGGACGCUCCGAACCACAUUCCUCAAUCCCCUCACCGCAGGAAGUAUGACUUCCGUUCGCCGUCGACUUUAUUUUCCGGGUACCGUCUCUCCAUUUUCCUGCAAUCAUUACUCGGUCAGAAUCCAACUCCGUCCAGCACUUUCUCGGAAGUGUCCCUCAUUUCCUUCAAUUCCUAUUAGAGCCCAAAAACAAUAUUACCAGGGUAAUGAAAGUGAAAACCAAAUUCCAGCAGAAGACUACAAUUGGGCGGCACCUAUUCUGAAUUUCGCAUCGAAUAAUUUUCUUCCAUUAGCUCUUAUAUGCGGAGUAACCCUUGGGUUGGCAAAUCCUAGCCUUGGUUGUAUUGCGGAUAGAUAUCACCUCUCCAAGCUCAGCACUUUUGGGAUAUUCAUGAUCUCAGGUCUGACACUCCGUACAGAAGAAAUCAGUGCUGCUGCUGAAGCUUGGCCAGUUGCACUGUUUGGUCUUGUAUGAACUUCCUUCUUAUGUGCCAAUUUACUUUUUGCUUCUAUUUUGUUCAUCACACCUCUGUUUUCAAAGGUUAUUUUGCUGCUUCAGCUUCAGCCUCAAGAAUUUAUCACGGGUCUAGCUAUAUUUUGCUGCAUGCCAACAACAUUAUCUAGCGGAGUGGCUCUAACUAGGCUGGCUGGAGGAAAUUCUGCCCUUGCUCUUACAAUGACAUUGAUAUCAAGUCUCACAGGAAUUCUGAUUAUACCGUUUUCCAUCUCAAAGCUCAUUGCCAGGGGAGUUGGUCUAUCUGUUCCGACUCAGCGGCUGAUGACAGGCCUUGUUCUCACACUCUUGGUUCCUCUCAUUCUCGGAAAGGUUUUUCGAGAUUCAUUCAAGAGAUUGGCAGAAUUUGCUGAUCUGAAUCGCAAGCUCCUGUCUGUAACAAGUGCAGUUCUCCUCAGUUUAGCCCCAUUUAUACAAGUGAGUAAAUCAAGAUCACUGCUCUUACUGGUUAACCCAGCUGCUUUUCUCAUUGCAGUGGUUAUGGGAGCGCUUUUGCAUGUAAUAUUGUUUUCUUUUAACGCUCUUGCGAUAAGAAUUUUCUCUUUUGGUGGACCCAAAUUAGCUUUCGCGAAGAAGGAAAAUGCCAGUGCCCUCUUAUUUGUUGCGAGCCAGAAAACGUUGCCGGUCAUGGUAGCAGUUGUUGAACAGCUUGGUGGUGCCCUGGGUGAACCUGGUCUGCUGAUUCUUCCUGGUGUUGCAGCCCAUUUGAGCCAGAUAAUCAUGGAUUCUUUUGUAGUCAACUGUUGGCAGAAGGAUCGGGCAACCUUUAGUGCAUAGCUUCCUAAAUUUUCCCUAAUUGGCCGUUGAAUGUACUUAGAUCGAGCGCUCAGUCACAAGUUAACUAGUACUAGAGCAUCAUUCCUUAUGAAGUGCCUUUUGAAAAUAACGUUUGUAAGCAAUUAUAAAAUAAAAUAAUUGGAAUGUAGUGUAAUAAGUAAUUUUGAUAAGAAUUAACACAAUGUGGUAACUAUGUAAUUCUAUGUGAUACGUUUGUAAUUUCC